GAGUUGACAGGCUGCACUCCGUCAAUACAGCUGGCAAAUCCGAUGUUUAAUAUUAACCCCGGGCUUUGUUUCGAACAGGUCCUGAGUUCGAAUGGCACGGAGGAUAGUUGCAAGGGUGGAGUCGGCGAUUUUCGGACGAUUUGAAUCCGAGUUUGAGAAGAUAUUGCGAUUAUGAUGAAGAAGCUCGUGAAGUUGUGAAAAGUGCGGUUGUAAGAAAAUAGCUGUUCGAACGAGGGAUUGAAGUGGGCGAUUGUUGAGUUUUAGAAGAAAAACUAGGGUUUUGUAGUUUGAUCAGCAAGCAUGUUGGCUUGCAUCGCUUGUUCGAAGCGGCUCAAUGACAGCAUCGAUGAGGAUGGCUCUGCAACUCCUAGGUCUCCGGCCUCUAGAGAGGCCAUCAAGAAUCUUACUGCUCAGAUUAAGGAGAUGGCAUUAAAGGUCUCUGGAUCGUAUCGGUACAGCAAGCCAUCAGGCCUCAGCCGUGAGGGACAGCUGAGAUUUAUGCUGGAGUCAGAGUUAGCAGGAUCUGAAAGCGCAACUCCAAGCGGAGGAGCUUCCACUUCAGCUCGCCCGUCCAAUGUUUUAUCUUCUUCCAAAAUCGAUCUUCUCCGCAGCUCAAAUUCUUCAAGCAAUGGCACGCCAAAGUUUAACAAUGCCUCAGAACCAAUGGAAGGAGAAGAACCGGACGACGAGUGCAAAGAGUGGAUAUCGCACGUCGAACCAGGCGUCAUUAUAACCUUAAUUUCUCUUGAAGGAGGAGAAAAUCAACUUAAACGCAUAAGAUUCAGUCGGGAAUUGUUCAACAAGAGGCAAGCUCAGCUGUGGUGGACAGAAAAUCAAGAAAAAGUCUUGGAGCUGUAUAAUAUCCGUCCCAACACCAAGGGUGAAAAUGGCGGCGACAUCCCCAGAUCUCGUGGCGAAGAGAGAGAUGGUAAUGUACAGGAGGCCAGGGAUGCAAACAUUCUUCCGAUUAGGCCUGUGUCUGCAACUUCUUCGCACGAGGCGGAUCGAUCGGACGACCUGCAGAGUUGCAGCGACAAAUAUUCAAUGCACAGCGCCACUAAUUCAAGCGAGCAAGAUGAAGAACAGGAACAGGAGCAAGAACAAGAGGCUGAGUGGGUCGAAGAAGAUGAGCCAGGAGUGUAUAUUACCAUUUACUCUUCCCCAAGCGGUGCAAGGGAAGUGAAGCGUGUCAGAUUCAGUCGGGAGAAGUUUAGCGAGAUGCAAGCGCGAUUAUGGUGGGCAGAUAAUCGUCAGCGAAUACAAGAACAAUACAUAGACGCGCACAUCUUGUUGGCUUUCGCCAUCAGUACACCUGGCAAUUUGACGGGUAAAUAUAACCAGGGUUUGUUUGGGUCAGCUUUGAGACGAAAAUCUAGGGUUUGUAGUUUGAUCAGUAUGUUGGCCUGCAUAGCUUGUUCGAAACGGCUCGAUGGCGGAAUGGAAGAGGACGAUUCCGGCACUGUCAGGUCUCCUGCCUCAAAAGAUGCCGUCAAGAAUCUUACUGCUCAGAUAAAGGAUGUGGCAUUAAGGCUCUCUGGAUCGCAGCGGUACGGCAAACUUAUUGCAAAGGGAUCAAAAGCUGAUGUUCUUAACAACUCAAAUUCUUCUUCAGCCAGCAGUACGCCAAAGUUUCACAAUGCGUUGGAAGAAUUGGAAGAAGAAGAGGACGGGAAGGAGUGGAUAUCCGAAGUCGAAACUGGCAUCAUCAUCACCUUAGUUUCUCGCAAAGAAGGCGGGAAUGAGCUCAGACGGAUCAGAUUCUGCCGGGAAAUGUUCAACAAAACGCGGGCUCAGCUGUGGUGGUCAGAGAAUCACGACAAGGUUUUAGCGCUGUACGACGUUCGCACUCCUGUAAAGCAUGAACAUGCCGACCUGCUGCCCAGAUCUGAGAACGAGGAGAGAGAUGCGAAGGUGCAUGAAUCCGCAGGCAAAGACAGUCCCGUGGCGCCGCCACCGCAAAACAUUCUUCCAAUAAGACCUGUGUAUGAACAUGCGUGUGCGGAUCCAUCGGACGACUUUCAGAGCAGCAGUGACAAUCAAUCAAUGAAAAGUGCCAGCAAUUCAUGUGAGCAAGAGCCAGAGCCAGAGCCUGAGCCUGAGGAAGAAAGAGAGUGGAUGGAAGAGGACGAGCCCGGCGUCUACAUUACCAUUCGCUAUUCACCAUUAACGGGUGCAAGGGAAGUCAAGCGUGUUAGAUUCAGUCGUGAAAAGUUUAGCGAGAUGGAGGCGAGAUUGUGGUGGGAAGAUAAUCGUAGGAGAAUACAAAAGCAAUAUAUAGACAGUCGUAAUGUUUAAAGUGAGGCUUCUAAUUCCAUAUUAUUUGAAGUACCUCUCAAACAUAUGAGUUUGAAAGGUUUGUUUUGUUAGGAUGAACAAUUAGGCAACUUUGGGCAAAAAUUUUGUUUGUAAAGUUGUUAUAGUAUUAUAACCAAGGAAUUGAUUAACAAUUUUAAUGGACUGAAAAUAAAGUGGAAUAUUUUAUAAUAUAUUGUAUAAUAUCAUAUUUACAAAUUUUUGUUU